UCAGGCUCGCCGGCUCGUCCCUCGAGCGAUCAUCGUUACAAUCAUCAUAUGCUGUAUUGUGUAUGUGUUGGUUGCUGUCGCAUUCGUCCAUUUGGCGCCGCUUGCCAGUGUGAAUAUGAACGCGCCUUUGGCUACAGCUUUUGAAGCCCGAGGAGCGACGGUCUUGGAAUUUGUUGUUUCCCUCGGGGCUGUUGGCAAUACCAUGACGUCAGUGAUGUCAUCCAUGAUUGUUCAGCCGCGCAUCAUGCUACGGAUGAGCAGUGACGGUCUUCUCCCGAGAUCGAUUGGGAGGCUCACUAGUUCUGGUACGCCUUCUGUAGCACUGAUCAUUACGAUCGUCGUGUCAUCGGCGCUCGCCCUGGUGAUCGAUUUCGAAGCCCUCGCAGAUAUAGUGUCUUUUGGAGCGCUGCUCAGCUUUCUGGCUGUAUGCUUGUGUACGAUGCUUGGCAGAGUGGUACCUCCGUGGAUCCACCAUCAGCAGACAUCCUCCGAGCAGCCAUCGGAGACGUACGGAAAACCCGGAAUGCAGGAAGAGCCUCCUAGGGUCGCGGAUGUGCAAACGAGUUCCCCACUUCGACCACACUAUCCCAGAGAAAUACUCCUCAUGGUCUUAUUUUUCGAGGUUGCCACGUUAAUUUUCGGGGUGUUAUUUUUGCAUAAUCUUGUGAGUAUAUUCUUCUGUCUACCUUUUCUCAUCAUUUCUCUCAUCGCCGGAAUCGCCACUGCCCGAAUUGUCCGCACAUAUCUCAAUUACACCGACGUGAACAGCAACGAGAAUAUCGACUCUUUUCGUGUGCCGGGUGCGCCUGAGGUCCCGCUGAUAGGAAUGUUCGUCAAUACCCAGGUACAUGAUAUCUGGCCUACCAUCAGCGGCAGUCAUUCGAGGCUUGGCAGUGAUGCUCGUUGCGACCAUAUUUUACUUGUCUUACUCAAUACGAAACUCUAGUUUAGCGCCCUCAGGAGAAACGGGUGGGCAGAAAAGGAUCGUGAAGGCUGGCAAAGGGUAUGCAAACUUCGAGGAUGACACCACUGGUGACGACGUUCAGUCUGAUGAUGUGAUUUGA